AUGCUUAAGGCAAGCCAGGAGCCCGUCAAUGGGUUCGCAUCUAGCAACGGUAUAGAUUUUAAAUUCAGUCCGGCAUAUUCUCCUAAUUUCGGGGGUUUAUGGGAGGCGGGAGUUAAAGCCGCGAAAUUUCACCUUAAACGUGUAGUAGGAUCUUCUAACUUAACCUUUGAGGAGUUAACCACACUGUUCACUCAAGUAGAAGCUAUAUUGAAUUCGCGGCCGUUGACACCUAUGUCUUCCGACCCAUCCGAUCUCUCACCGCUUACACCUGGUCACUUCCUGAUCGGGCGGCCAUUGGCUUCGUUGCCAUCUCCGCCUACACAGAAGAUGAACCUCAACCGCUACCAUCAUCUUGAAGCCCUUAGACAACACUUCUGGAAGCGAUGGACUCGGGAGUUCCUUUCUGAUCUUCAACAGCGUGUGAAAUGGAGAGCCACAGGACACGGGGUCAAACUUGGGGACCUAGUUAUUCUCAAAGACGACAACUUACCGCCAUUGAAGUGGAGUCUUGGCCGCGUCGAAACUCUGCACCCAGGAUCCGACGGCGUCACGAGAGUUGUAGACGUCCGAACAGGAAAAGGGCUGGUUCGACGAGCUGUCUCUAAGCUCCGUCCCCUACCUUCUAACCAAGAAGACGAUGACCAAGCAACGAUCUUGAAACCAGGAGGUUUCAAGGCCCCCGAGGAUGUUAACGCCAAUACAUAA